AUGAGCUCAGCCAUCUGCAUGCUAGAUCCUCAUCCUCUUGAUUUCUUUCGGAAUUCGGCGGGGGAGAAUGGGAUCGGCAAGAAGUCGAUCACGUUUUGCAACAAUCUUCAAAGAGGCUAUGGAGUCUUUUUGAUGAUCCCUCUGAAAGGCACUUUAAACUAUGGAAUGGGAGCAAACAUUGGGCAACUAAUUGUCAUUGUCAUCAUCACCAUCACCAUCACCAUCACCAUCACCUUCAUCUAUUACAUUCACUCACUCUCCCAAACUAAACUAUUUCAGCUAAUGAAAUCUCUUGCACUAUUUUUUUUCCUCUCCCAACAGCGGCUGACCAAACAUACCAAAUUUGUACGGGACAUGAUCCGAGAAGUGUGUGGUUUUGCGCCGUAUGAGAGACGAGCAAUGGAGUUGCUCAAAGUCUCCAAAGACAAGAGAGCUCUGAAGUUCAUAAAGAAAAGGGUAGGGACUCACAUUCGUGCCAAGAGGAAGCGUGAAGAACUCAGCAAUGUCCUGGCAGCAAUGAGGAAAGCCGCAGCCAAGAAGGACUGAAUUCUGCAUCCUGGUUCCAAAUAAAGCUUAUUUCAGAAGCCCA